UUUUGAACAACUAACGAAAUUUCAAAACUCAUUUUAAUUUGUUGGUUAUACGAGUGGCUUAUUAUCAAGUCAUUUCCAAUCCGUUUUCUGUGGUACUAAAUUGAAGCAUUUUUGAGUGAGCCGGUUGUGGUUUUAAAAAUAUUUGAACCAAUUUUUUUAAAAUUAAUGUGAUGGACUUUUAGCACGAAAAAGACCUCCAAAAAAUCACAAUUCAGAUGGCCGGCCCGGACGUUGCCGCCUUGGCGGCUGAUUUAGCGCGGGCGGUCGAGCUCACGAUGAGCUCGGUCGCUUCUCAAGGCGACCGUCUGAAAGCCUACCAGGCGUGUGAGAGCUUUAAGGAAACGUCUCCCCUCUGUGCUGAAGCUGGACUUUACCUCGCCGCAGGCACGCAACAUUCCCUCAUUGCUCGUCAUUUUGGACUCCAGCUCAUGGAGCACACUGUUAAAUAUCGCUGGACCCAAAUAUCUCAGCAUGAAAAAAUAUUUAUCAAGGAAAAUGCGAUGAAAUUACUGGCCGCGGGCGGCAUAGGUGAGGAACCUCACAUGAAAGACGCUCUGAGUCGAGUCGUCGUCGAAAUGGUUAAAAGGGAAUGGCCGCAGCAGUGGCCCGGGCUCUUGGCUGAGCUCUCAGAUGCUUGCUCUUGUGGCGAGACCCAAACCGAACUAGUGUUAUUUGUUUUCUUACGUCUCGUUGAAGAUGUAGCUUUAUUGCAGACCCUCGAAUCAAAUCAGAGACGGAAAGACAUCUACCAUGCGCUUACAGCCAACAUGUCUCUGAUAUUCGAGUUUUUUUUAAGGUUAAUUGAGUUACACGUUAACCAAUUGAGGGCUUGUACUGAAACGGAUCCAUCAAAAGCUGCUGCCCACAGGCGAGUGGUACAAGUGGUACUCCUAACAUUAACAGGAUUUGUGGAGUGGGUCAAUAUGACUCACAUAACAGCCCAAAAUGGACGCCUUCUUCAGAUACUCUGCUUGUUAGUGAACGACACGGCUUUCCAAUAUUCCUCGGCUGAGUGUCUGUCACAGAUUAUGAACCGUAAAGGCAAAAUUGAGGAAAGGAAACCAUUAUUGAUGCUGCUCAGUAACGAAACUAUGCAGUACCUUUUGACAGCUGCCAAAAAUCCAGGCACCACGUUCAAUGAGCAGCAUUACCUGUUCAAAAAGAAAUUGAUCCAGGUGUUUGGGGGUCUAACCACCCAGAUUUGCACUUUGUGGAGCAAAGAUCCAUCCUUUCAGCCCCAAAAUUUUGGGAUGUUCCUCGAGGCAGUGCUCGCGUACAGCGGCCACGCGAGCCUGUUCCUCGCUCAUCUUGCCAACCCUUUGUGGAACAGUAUGUUAAAGCAAGAGGGCAUAGCAAGGGACCCGACUUUCUUGUCAUUCGUUCCUAAGUGGGUGCAUUGUACCGCCCCCAAGAUUAUAAAAUUUAAUUAUCCAACGGGGAAAAGCCCCUGCGAUGACCUAAACGAGACUGUCGCCUACUCAAAGAUUGACUUUGACAGCGAAGAAGAGUUCUGCGCAUACUUCUAUCGGUGCCGAUCGGAUUUUUUGGACUCAUUCCGACAAGCGACCUUGGUCGCCCCCCUAAUAACGUUCAAUUAUGUGGAGCAGUGGUUGGUGAAGUGCCUCCAGGUGCCAAAUACUACGUUCGGAUUGUCGAUGAGCGACCCCGUCUACCAAGAGUGGGAGGCGCUUGCCAAUUUUCUCGAGAGUGUCCUCAGUAGGGUGCUGCAGGCGCAUGAGAGACCCUCGAUACCGUCGGGGUUGGGGCUGCUCGAGAUGUGUCUACGCUAUCAGCCGGCCGAUCCGCUGAUUAUGUCCACCCUGUUGACGUGCAUAUCAGCCCUGUUCGUGUUCUUGAGCAUGUCAACUGGACAGAUGGCGCCCGCUGCAAACUCGGUGGCCGUGUCUGGCGCUACGCUACUGCCGCAGGUGCUUGAGAAGAUCUUUUCGACUCUGGUCUACAACCCUAACAACCAAUCGCGAGAAGUAAGAUCGCGACCCCUGAAAAAUGUCAGACGCCACGCCGCUUCCCUCAUGGUAAAAAUAGGCAACAAGUAUCCCCUGCUGCUGCUGCCCGUCUUCGACCAAAUCCGCACGACCGUCGAGAACUUGUCGAAACCGGACGGCCCCGCCCAACUCAGCACCCUCGAGAAAGUCACGCUGCAGGAGGCUCUGCUUCUCAUAUCAAACCACUUCGCCGAUUAUGAAAGGCAGAGCUCAUUCGUCGGCGAAGUCCUGCGCGAAGCUAGCGCUCGCUUCGUCUCGAUCGUCAAUUCUGGCGCGCUAAAGGGGGCGAUCCCUUUUAUCUCGUUCGUCGGCCUGGACAAACCCCCCGUGCCCGCGAACACGGACGACCCAUGCGGACACAACCGUAGCGGUUUCGUUUUUUGCGUUAACCUGGUGCUCGGCGCCAUCAAACGGUGCUCUUGGCCCGACGACCCCGAAAGAGCGACCAGGGGCGGGUUCGUCGUCUCCUUGACCGAAUCCGGCAACCCCGUGUGCCGGAAUCCGGCCGCUCCCCACGUCAUACCAUUGUUGCCGCACAUGCUCUCGCUCAUUUGCAUCUUCAACGAACUGUUCACCCCCGACGCUCAGAACGCGAUCCAUCACAGUUACAAGGGGUGUUUGGCGAUGCCCGAGACUGAGAAAUCGAAUUUGUUGGGUCUGAUAGGCCAUUCGGCGGAUAACGGGGACAGUCUGAUCGUACAGAGUCCCCUUGAGAGGAUGCAGCGUUUCCUCACGGGCCUCCACGAAAGUUUUUACCAUCUGAUUGGUUCGAUGGGGCCGUCCCUGGGUAGGGAUCUAUACAGCAUACCGGACUUGGCCCUCGCGAUCAUCAACAGCGUGCUGGCGUACUUGCAGUAUGUACCCGACUAUCGAAUCCGGCCUAUAAUCCGGGUGUUUCUCAAGUCGUUCAUCUUCGCGUGUCCGCCCCCGUACUACGAGACCGUCAUCCUGCCCCUGCUUGGCCACAUUACGCCCAUAUUAUUCAACCGUCUGCACGCGAACUGGCAACGGGUUAUCGAGUUCCGUAACAGGGAGGUGCAGGAGGACAACGCGGACACACAGGAAGUGCUCGAGGACAUCCUGACGCGCGCCCUGACCCGGGAGUACCUCGACCUGCUGAAGGUGGCGCUUGUGGGCGGCAGUCUAACGCCCGAAACCGCAUCGGAAACUAUGGAAACGGAGGAGCUGAGCAAUUCGCCGACGCCUCCGCCCGUGAGGUCAAGCGUCACCUCAGAGGUCAUCUCCGACCUCGGCCUCAUCCUGCUCCGGAGCACCAAGACGUGUCAGCCGGUCGUGCUAACCGUGCUGAGUGCCCUGUCUUGGAUUGACAGUAACGCGUCUUUGAAGGCCACCAUGUUGGCCGGUCCCAUCGUUCGGCAGCUUUCGCAAGACAAUUCCCUCAACGGGGAGAUGGCGAGCCACAUUAUGGCGGCCAUACUGAACGCGCUGAUGCUUCACGGACAGCACGAGGCGAACCAGGGCUCAUUGCUCACGCUCGGCGCCCAACUUUACGAACUGCUCCGCCCAUCGUUUGUCGAAGUGCUGGCAGUGAUGCAACAGAUACCAGGCGCUAACCCGGUAGACCUCCAGAAACUCGACGAGAGGAUAUCCGGCAGCACCAGUAAAGGCAACAAGGUCGAAAAGGUGAAGAAGGACCUGUUCAAAAAGAUUACGGCGAACCUCAUUGGUCGUAGCGUCGGUCAGUUGUUUAGGAAGGAAGUCAAGAUUCAAGACUUGCCGCAGCUAGUGAUACAAAAAAAAAUGGACAAACCCGAACUGAUUACAGACCUGAGGAACGUAUUCAGUUAGUACAGUCAUUUUUCCUUCUACGCCGCUUGUAAUUGGACGGUACAUUCCCGCGCGUGCUCGGACCGCGAAUUCGGCCACGCCUACCUCACGUGGUCGUUUGUUUAUUUAUUGACACCGAGGGGUCUGGGCGCAUAGUUACCCGUUAAAUUAAGUUGACAGGUGAAUAAACGGGAGGGAGUGGCACAGCGAAUUGGAUGCGCCGGGUCUGUGCGCCGACGCCUCGUCCACAUCGACUGGUACCACCGACUCGGAAGGUACUAACGUGCAUUUGUGUACAUAAUUUUUUUGUUAGCUUUAAUCUC